AUGGCGUCCGAGCGGCUCCCGAGCCGGCCCGCCUGCCUCCUCGUGGCCAGCGGCGCCGCGGAAGGCGUGUCGGCCCCGUCCUUCCUCCACUGCUUCACACUGGCCAGCGCUGCCUUCAACCUGCAAGUGGCCACCCCCGGGGGGAAGACCAUGGACUUUGUCGACGUGAAUGACAGCAAUGCACGCUGGGUGCAGGACUUCCGCCUCAAAGCCUACGCCAGCCCCGCCAAGCUGGAGUCCAUCGAUGGUGCCCGCUACCAUGCCCUCCUCAUCCCCAGCUGCCCCGGGGCCCUGGUGGACCUGGCCAGCAGCGGGUCCCUGGCUCGUAUCCUGCAGCACUUCCACUCCGAGAGCAAGCCCAUCUGUGCUGUGGGCCACGGUGUGGCCGCCCUCUGCUGCGCCACCAGCGAGGACAGGUCCUGGGUGUUCCAAGGCUACAGCGUCACCGGGCCCUCCGUGUAUGAGCUCGUCCGGGCACCAGGUUUCGCCCACCUGCCCCUGGUCGUGGAGGACUUCGUGAAGGACGCAGGGGCCUGCUUCAGUGCCAGCGAGCCUGACGCCGUGCACGUGGUGCUGGACCGCCACCUGGUCACCGGGCAGAACGCCAGCUCCACCAUCCCGGCUGUGCAGAACCUGCUCUUCCUCUGUGGCAGCCGGUGA